AUGAUGGGUUGGAAGGUUCUGAGAUUGUUGAUUUGGGUUCUGCUCAUAUUCGAUUUGGCAUGUUUUUCUGUUGGAUUAUUUACUCCUCAAGAUGUGUAUCUUAUUGAUUGUGGUUCAUCGAGCGAUACGGUUUUGAGUAAUAGAACCUAUAUCUCUGAUAAAUCAGCCUCAAAAUAUCUUUCAGCUUCUAAUUCAGUUCCGGCUACUACUUCUUCAAAUUCUGGUGGUUUACCCCUCUAUCAAACUGCUACAAUCUUCACUGAAAAAUCUAGCUACAGGUUUCCAAUCACCCAAAAUGGGAGAAUCUGGAUCCGUUUGUAUUUCUCCCCCUUUGUUUAUGGCAGUUACGAUAUGAGCUCUGCGGAAUUCACUGUUUCAACCGACAAAAAUGUCCUCCUUGGGAAUUUUUCUCCCAAGAGUGUAAUAAUGAAAGAGUUUUUAGUAAAUGUGACAUCCGGGGAGAUCUCGAUCACGUUUGAUCCUUCUUCAAAUUCAUUCGCUUUCAUAAAUGCUGUGGAAGUUAUUUCAGCACCAGACUUUCUCAUCCCAGAUGAUGCCACUAUAGCCGGUACCUCAUCAUCAUUCCCUGGUCUAGUGAAUAAUGCCCUAGAAACAGUUGCAAGGGUUAAUAUGGGUGGAAGUCUUCUGACGUCUACAAAUGACACAUUAGGCCGAACUUGGGUGAAUGAUCAAGCUUUCUUGGUGUCUCCUGGUUCUGCAGUCGACGAUAAAUCUGCGAUUCCAUCCGUCCAGUAUCCCCAAGGUGGUGUAACAGAAGAGAUUGCUCCCCGUACUGUUUAUGGUACUUGUGCUAAAAUGAACUCAUCUGGCGGUACUGAUGUCACUUUCAAUGUCACAUGGCGGUUUAAUGUGGACACUGGCUAUCAAUAUCUCCUUCGGCUGCACUUUUGCGACAUUGUAAGCACCGCUGCUAAUAAUAUCGUCUUUGAUAUUUAUCUAAAUACGCGAAGUCUAAUUCAAGAUUUUGACAUAAGCACAAAAACUUUCAGCACCUUGGCAACUGCUUACUUUCAGGAUUUUGUUACACCGCCAGCCGAUACUGAUACGCUGCUUCUAAGUAUUGGUCCAUCACUUACUAAUCCUUACCAUGAUGCCUUUUUGAAUGGGCUGGAAAUUUUGAAGUUGAACAACUCUUUGGGUAGCUUAAGUGCUAGUGUGUCUGUCCCUUCUCCAGCUAAGCAGAGCUCAAAGAAGAACUUGGGAAUGAUAGUGGGUCUUAGCAUUGGAAUACCAAUUGCUUUAUUGAUGGUUGUGGUAUUGUUCUUGUGUAUGCGGAGAAAGAAGAAACAAGAGCGUCUUGGCUCGAAAACAUGGGUCCCCAUCUCCAUUAAUGGAGGCAUGUCCCACACCAUGGGAAGCAAAUACUCAAAUGGAACAACCAUUAGUACUGCUUCUACUCUGAGCUAUCGAAUUCCUUUUGCAGCAGUUCUUGAAGCAACAAAUGACUUUGACGAGAGCUGGGUUAUUGGAAUUGGUGGAUUUGGGAAAGUUUACAAGGGAGUUUUAAGUGAUGGCACUAAAGUAGCUGUUAAGAGGGUUCUAUGCGCAAGACCAGUGAUUGAUCCUACGCUUCCUAGAGAAAUGGUAAACUUAGCUGAAUGGGCUAUGAAGUGGCAGAAAAAAGGGCAGUUGGAUCAGAUCAUUGAUCCUACUUUGGUUGGAAAGAUCAGACCAGAUUCUCUGAGAAAAUAUGCCGAAACAGCAGAGAAGUGCUUGGCUGAUUAUGGAGUAGACAGGCCUUCAAUGGGAGAUGUCCUGUGGAAUCUAGAGUAUGCAGUUCAACUUCAAGAAGCAGUAAUUCCAAAUGAUCCUGAUGAAAACAGCACGAAUGUCAUCGGCGAGCUGUCUCCUCAAGUGAAUAACUUCACUCACAAUGAUGAUACAACUCCUUCAGUUGUUGAGGUGUCUCAGGUGGACGAUCUCUCUGGAGUUUCAAUGAGUAGGGUAUUUUCACAACUAGUGAAAUCUGAGGGUAGAUAA